AACCCCAGGAUAAGAAGCCACCUCCAGGGUUCUACUCAUUCCUUUCCCUCUCCCUCUCCCUCCUCUUCUGCAGCUGAUCCUGCCUGUCCUGAUCUCUUAAUUCCAGCCUAGAGCCAUGGGACCCUUGGUUGUCCUGCUGGCUCUGAGCUGUGUGACCCUGGUUCAAGGAGAUCCAUUCUACCUCCUGCUCGUUCCCAAUGUCUUGAGACUGGAAAGUGAAGAGCAGCUGAUCCUAGAGGCUCAUGGGGCAGGAGGAGAUGUGGCUGUUGAGCUCUCCAUCUAUGAUUUCCCCCAAAAGAAGCAAGUCUUUUUCUUGGAGCAACUCACACUUAACAAUGCCAAUAAUUAUCUGACCACUGUCAACUUUAAGAUUCCAGCCCAGAACUUUCAGAAUAACAAAGACCACAAGUUCGUCACAAUUCAGGCCAAAUUUGGCCAGGAAAAAAUAGAGAAAGUGGUGCUGGUGACUCUUCACAGCGGCUACCUCUUCAUCCAGACAGACAAAACCAUCUACACUCCUGGUUCCUCAGUUCUGUACCGGAUUUUCACUGUGGGCCAUAAGCUUCAACCUCUGCCCAAAACCCUGACUGUCAGCAUCCAGACUCCUGAUGGCAUCAUUGUCAAGAAGGAACCAUUGUCCUCUGAGAACAAGAAUGGCAUCUUGGGUCUGAACUGGAAUAUCCCUGAGCUUGCUGUCUUGGGACAGUGGAAAAUCAUCGCUGCUUAUGAUGACUCUCCCCAGAAAACCUUCUCCACUGAAUUUGAAGUGAAAGAGUAUGUGCUGCCAAGCUUUGAGGUCAAGCUGCAUCCAGAGGAAAAAUUCUUCUACAUUGAUGAUCCCGAAGGUCUGAGAAUCUCUAUCACAGCCAGGUUCCUGUAUGGAAAGAUGGUGGAAGGUACUGCCUUUGUAAUCUUUGGGCUCCUGGAUGACGGAAAUAAACAUAGCAUUCCUGAAUCACUCCAGCGAGUUAUAAUUAAUGAUGGCAAUGGAGAUGUUACUCUGUCCCAGGAUGUCCUGCUCAAACAGUUCCCAGGCCAGAACUUGGUGGGAAAGUCCUUGUAUGUGUCAGUCACAGUUAUCCUGCAGACUGGGAGUGACAUGGUGGAGGCAGAAUACACCGGGAUCCCAAUUGUGACAUCUCCUUACCAAAUCCACUUCACCAAGACUCCUACGCACUUCAAGCCCGCUAUGCCUUUUGAUCUCACGGUAUUUGUGACCAAUCCAGAUGGAUCUCCAGCUUCUGGUAUCCCGGUGAUAGCCCCAGACUUUCAAGUCCAGUCUUUGACUCAAGCUGAUGGUCUGGCCAAGUUGAGAAUCAACACACCCAAUAACCGUAAUCCUUUGACUAUUACAGUGAGGACAGGCAAGAAAGAGCUCCCUGAGGACCGCCAGGCAUCCCAGCAAAUGAUAGCUCAGCCCUAUCAAACAAUAGGUGGCUCCAAUAAUUACCUGCAUUUGUCUGUGCCCUCAACGGAGCUCAAAGUUGGUGAUAACCUGAACAUCAACUUCCACUUGCGAACAGAUGGAGACAACAUAAACCAGCAAAUUCGCUACUUCACCUAUGUGAUCAUGAACAAAGGAAUGAUGUUGAAGGCUGGGCGUCAGGCGCGUCAACCAGGCCAGGAUGUGGUGGUGCUCACACUACCCCUCACAACUGACUACAUCCCCUCCUUCCGAGUGGUAGCCUAUUACCAGGUGACUCGAAACGGCCAAAAGGAGAUUGUGGCUGACUCUGUUUGGGUGGAUGUCAAAGACACUUGCAUUGGCAAGCUGGUGGUAAAAGGAGCAGGGAAUGUGGAUAAACACCAGCCCGGGAAACAGGCCACCCUGAAGAUUGAAGGUGACCAUCGAGCCCGAGUGGGGCUUGUGGCUGUGGACAAGGGGGUAUUUGUUCUGAACAAGAAGAAUAGAUUUACCCAGAGCAAGAUCUGGGACACAGUGGAGAAUGGAGACAUUGGCUGUACUCCAGGCAGUGGAGAGAACUAUGCUGGAGUGUUCAAAGAUGCUGGACUUGCUCUCAAGACCAACAAGCAACUUCAAACAGACCAGCGGUCUGAUCCUGAGUGCCCCAAGGCCAACUCACCCAAGCGCCAGCGACGCUCUGUCCAGCUCAUGGAGAUAAGGAACGACAAAGCUGGCCAGUAUAAGGAUAAAAACUUGAGGAUAUGCUGCGAGGAUGGCAUGCGCCCGAACCCCAUGCAUUACACGUGUGAAAGGAGGACAAAGUACAUUUUAGACGGUGAGGAGUGCGUCAAAGCCUUCUUGGACUGCUGUCGCUACAUCAGCAAGGUUCGUCUGCAGAAGCAGAGAGAAAACAUCCUCAACCUGUCUCGAAGUGAUCUAGACGAUGAUAUUGUGCCAGAAGAAGACAUCAUCUCCAGAAGCCAGUUUCCAGAGAGCUGGCUAUGGAUUGUGGAGCCAUUGUUAGAGAAGCCAGAUAAGAAUGGAAUCUCUACUAAGACUCUCAAUGUGUUCCUCAAAGACUCCAUCACAACCUGGGAGAUUCUGGCUGUAAGCUUGUCAGAGACCAAAGGAAUCUGUGUGGCUGACCCAUAUGAGCUCACCGUGAUGCAAGACUUCUUCAUUGACCUCCGAAUGCCCUAUUCUGUGGUGCGCAAUGAACAGGUGGAGAUCCGAGCGGUGCUCUACAACUACAGAGAAUUUGAGACCCUCAAGGUACGGGUGGAGUUGCUUUACAAUCCUGAUAUCUGCAGCUCUGCCACUUCCAAGAAGCGCUACCAACAGACCAUAAGAAUCCCACCCAAGUCCUCCACAGCCGUGCCUUUCAUCAUUGUACCUCUGAAAAUUGGCAACCAUGACAUAGAGGUCAAGGCUGCUGUCUACAACCACUUUAUCAGUGAUGGUAUCAAAAAGAAACUGAAGGUUGUGGCGGAAGGGAUGAAAGUGACAAAGUCUGUUACCACUCGAACCCUGGAUCCAGUGAAACUUGGACACAAUGGAGAGCAGAGAGAAGACAUUCCUGCUGCAGACAUUGAGGACAUUGUGCCAGGCACAGAAUCGGAAACUAGCAUCCAAUUUCAAGGGACACCUGUGGCCCAGAUGGUGGAGGAUGCCAUAGAUGGUACCAAGCUGAAUCACCUGAUUGUGACGCCAUCAGGCUGUGGUGAACAGAACAUGAUUGGAAUGACUCCCACGGUCAUCGCUGUCCACUAUCUUGAUGCCACCGAGCAGUGGGAAAAGUUUGGCUUGGAAAAGCGAGCUGGAGCCUUAGAACUUAUCAAGAAGGGGUAUGCACAACAGAUGGCCUUUAAGAAGGGGGACUUCUCGUAUGCUGCCUUUUUAAAUCGACCAUCCAGCACAUGGCUGACAGCCUACGUUGUAAAGGUAUUCGCCAUGGCCAGCAACCUCAUAGCGAUCGAUGCCCUGGUCCUCUGUGGUGCAGUCAAAUGGCUUAUCUUGGAGAAGCAGAAACCAGAUGGAAUGUUCCAGGAGGAUGGCCCAGUGAUUCACCAGGAGAUGAUUGGCGGCUUCAGGGGUGGAGAGGCUGAUGUCUCACUCACAGCCUUUGUGCUCGUAGCUCUUUAUGAAGCGAAAGACAUCUGUGGAGGCCAAGUCAAUAGCUUGGAAGGCAGUAUCAACAAAGCAGGUGACUACCUGGAAGGCAGAUAUCAGGCCCUGAAUAGGCCCUACACCGUGGCCCUGGCUGGCUAUGCCCUGAGCCUGCUGGAUCGUCUUGAUGUGCCCAAAGCAGACAAAUUCCUGAGUGCCGCCAAAGAUGGCAACAGCUGGCAAGAGCAAGGCCAGAAGCUGUACAAUGUGGAGGCCACAUCCUAUGCGCUCCUGGCCCUUCUGAAAAUCAAAGAUUUCGACACCAUCCCUGGUGUAGUUCGAUGGCUCAAUGAGCAGAGAUACUAUGGAGGUGGCUAUGGGUCCACCCAGGCUACCUUCAUGGUGUUCCAGGCUCUGGCCCAGUACCAGCAGGAUGUUCCUGAUCACCAGGAGCUAAACCUGGAUAUCUCUGUCCAUCUGCCCAGUAGGAGCUCAGCCAUCAACUACCGUAUCAAUUAUGAGUCUGCCAGCCUGUUGCGGUCCACUGAGACCAAAACAAAUGAAGACUUUACUGUGAAGGUCAAAGGAAAAGGACAAGGCACAUUGUCGGUAGUGACAGUGUAUAAUGCCAAGUUAAAAAAUGAAGGAGUGUGUAAGAAGUUUGAUCUGAGAGUAACCAUUAAACCAGAGGAAGGAAAUGCCAAGAUGCCUCAGGAUGCCAAGAAAUCAAUGACACUUAACAUCUGCACUAGGUACCUUGGUGAAACUGAUGCUACUAUGUCAAUUCUGGACAUCUCGAUGAUGACUGGCUUUUCUCCAGACACAGAAGAUCUUGAUAAACUGACUAAGGGCAAGGACAGAUACAUCUCCAAAUAUGAGCUGAGCAAGGCUGUGGCUGAUAAGAACACUCUUAUAAUUUACCUGGACAAGAUUUCCCACACUGAAGAGGAGUGCUUAACCUUCAGAGUCCACCAAUAUUUUGAUGUGGGUCUCAUCCAGCCUGGGGCAGUCAAAGUCUACUCCUACUACAACUUAGACGAAGCUUGUACCAAGUUCUACCAUCCAAACAAGGAAGAUGGUUUACUUAACAAGAUUUGCCACCAGGAUGUGUGCCGUUGUGCUGAAGAGAAUUGCUUCCUACAUAGGGAGGAUGAAAAUCUAUUGACAAGGCAACAGAGAUUUGAGGAGGCUUGUGAGCCUGGAGUGGACUACGUAUAUAAGGUCCAGGUGACCAAAAUUGAUCAUUCUGAAAGCUUCGAUGACUACCUGAUGCUCAUCAAAGACGUCAUCAAGUCCGGCUCCGAUGAGAAUCCUCGGGGCAAGAUUCGCAAGUUCAUCAGCCCUGUGAAGUGCCGGCAGGCCCUACCUCUGGAGGAGGGCAAGGAUUACCUGAUCUGGGGCAUCUCCUCUGACCUAUGGAAAAUGACUUCAGAGCUUAAUUACAUCAUUGGCAAAGACACUUGGGUGGAGCUGUGGCCACAAGAAGACAGCUGCCAGGAUGAAGAGAAUCAGAAACUGUGUAAGGAUUUGGAGGUCUUUGCUGAAAACAUGGUCUCCUUCGGCUGCCCCAACUAACCUGGCUACAACUUGACCCCAUCCAUGGACCCAAAUAACCCACCCCUGGCCUCCGCCAGGCCCUACUUUAUUUCUAAAUAAAGACUCUUAUCAAGGACAUAA